AGCCAUUUUGUUCCGCCGGAGAGGCCCCUAAGAUGGCGGCGGGGGAGACGGUGAAGGUUGCCGCCUGCCCCUCUGGGCGCUAGCCCGCGCUCUCCGCGUCCCCCGGCGGCCGGCCCAUGGCCUGGCGGAAGCCUGGACCAUGGACCUCCGCACCGCCGUGUACAACGCCGCCCGCGACGGCAAGCUGCAGCUGCUUCAGAAGCUGCUCAGCGGCCGGAGCCGGGAGGAGCUGGACGAGCUGACGGGCGAGGUGGCCGGCGGGGGGACACCGCUGCUCAUCGCCGCUCGCUACGGCCACUUGGACGUGGUCGAGUACCUGGUGGACCGGUGCGGCGCGAGCGUGGAGGCGGGCGGCUCGGUGCACUUCGAUGGCGAGACCAUCGAGGGCGCGCCGCCGCUGUGGGCCGCCUCGGCCGCCGGCCACCUGGACGUGGUGCGCAGCCUGCUGCGCCGCGGGGCCUCGGUGAACCGCACCACGCGCACCAACUCAACGCCCCUGCGCGCCGCCUGCUUUGACGGGCACCUGGAGGUGGUGCGCUACCUGGUGGGCGAGCACCAGGCCGACCUGGAGGUGGCCAACCGGCACGGGCACACGUGCCUCAUGAUCUCCUGUUACAAGGGCCACCGCGAGAUCGCCCGCUACCUGCUGGAGCAGGGCGCCCAGGUGAACCGGCGCAGCGCCAAGGGCAACACGGCCCUGCACGACUGCGCCGAGUCCGGCAGCCUGGAGAUCCUGCAGCUGCUGCUGGGGUGCAAUGCUCGCAUGGAGCGCGACGGCUACGGCAUGACCCCCCUGCUGGCGGCCAGCGUCACGGGCCACACCAACAUCGUGGAGUACCUCAUCCAGGAGCAGCCGGCCGGGGAAGAGGUGCGGCGGGGGCUGUCCGGAGAGGGCCCCUCCGCCUCCGGCCCGGGAGGCCGGGGAUGCGCACAGCCGCAGGGGGCCCUCUGCUGUGGCUCCUCCCCAGAGGAGCCGCUUAGCGAUUCUUACGAGAGCUGCUGCCCCACCAGCCGGGAGGCUGCUGUGGAAGCUCUAGAGUUGCUGGGAGCCACGUAUGUGGAUAAGAAGCGGGAUCUGCUCGGGGCCCUGAAGCACUGGAGACGGGCUAUGGAGCUGCGGCACCAGGGCGGUGCGUAUCUGCCCAAGCCAGAGCCCCCACAGCUGGUCCUGGCCUAUGACUAUUCCAGGGAGGUGAACACCACCGAGGAGCUGGAAGCGCUGAUCACUGACCCCGAUGAGAUGCGCAUGCAGGCCCUGUUGAUCCGAGAGCGCAUCCUGGGCCCUUCUCACCCAGACACUUCCUAUUACAUCCGCUACCGGGGUGCGGUGUACGCCGACUCAGGCAAUUUUGAGCGCUGCAUCCGCCUGUGGAAGUACGCCCUGGACAUGCAGCAGAGCAACCUGGAGCCCCUGAGCCCCAUGACCGCCAGCAGCUUCCUGUCCUUUGCCGAACUCUUCUCUUACGUGCUCCAGGACCGGGCGGCCAAGGGCAGCCUGGGCACACAGAUCGGCUUUGCAGACCUCAUGGGGGUGCUGUGCAAAGGAGUGCGGGAAGUGGAGCGGGCCCUGCAGCUGCCCAAGGAACCCGGGGACUCGGCCCAGUUCACCAAGGCCCUGGCCAUCAUCCUCCACCUGCUCUACCUGUUGGAGAAAGUGGAGUGCACGCCGGACCAGGAGCACCUGAAGCACCAGACCGUCUACCGACUGCUGAAGUGCGCCCCCCGAGGCAAGAACGGCUUCACGCCUCUGCACAUGGCCGUGGACAAGGACACCACCAACGUCGGCCGCUACCCGGUGGGCCGAUUCCCCUCCCUCCAGGUGGUCAAGGUGCUGCUUGACUGUGGGGCCGACCCGGACAGCCGGGACUUUGACAACAACACCCCACUGCACAUAGCGGCCCAGAACAACUGCCCCGGGAUCAUGAACGCCCUCAUCGAAGCGGGUGCCCACAUGGAUGCCACCAAUGCCUUCAAGAAGACUGCCUACGAGCUGCUGGAUGAAAAGCUGCUGGCCAAGAGCACCAUUCAGCCCUUCAACUACGUCACCCUGCAGUGCCUUGCAGCCCGUGCCCUGGACAAGAACAAGAUCCCCUACAAGGGCUUCAUCCCCGAGGAGCUGGAGGCCUUCAUCGAGCUACACUGACGUGGUUCGGAGAGAGGAGAAUCCGGGAGGGGCGGAGCCCACGCGUGCUCUCACCCUCUCUUCGUGAGCCCUUGGGUGGCGUGACAUAGAAGGGCUGUCUAGCCUCCACGGCCCCGUCACUUCUGCGGGGAAGGGAAAGGAACUAGCAGGUUGUUGGUGCUCACAGCCUUUAGGAUCGUGUGCUUAAAGAGC